AGCAGCAACCACCACCACCACCAGUGCUCCACUACUAACCUAAUCCCAACCCAAAGCUCCAGUUUCGGGAGCUAGCUUCGAACUUGGUGACUCUCCCUUUAAAUGCAGCUCAGUUUCCUUCUUUCCUUCCAUGGGAAAGAAGGGUGGAACCUCAUGGUUGACUGCAGUGAAAAGGGCUUUCAGGUCUCCUACUAAGGACAACGAGACGAGGAGUAGCAGAAGGAGAGAAGAUCAUGAUCAAGAAGAGGAGGAAAAGAAACGAGAGAAACGAAGAUGGAUUUUCCGAAAACCUUCGAAUCAUGAACUGGUGACACAACAAUGCGAAUCUAAGCCUGCAGCUACGACCUCAACGACGAAUCCUGUUGUGGCUGCUGCAACUACAGCCGCUGAGCAAAGGCAUGCCAUUGCCGUCGCAGUGGCAACCGCAGCUGCUGCUGAGGCGGCCGUGGCUACGGCCCAAGCUGCUGUGGAAGUGGUUCGCCUUACCAGGCCUUCAAAUUUCGUUAGAGAACACUACGCUGCUAUUGUCAUUCAGACUGCCUUCAGAGGCUAUUUGGCGAGAAGAGCUCUUCGUGCGCUGAAAGGGCUUGUAAAGCUCCAAGCUUUAGUGAGAGGGCAUAAUGUACGAAAGCAAGCCAAGAUGACUCUUCGGUGCAUGCAAGCUCUGGUCAGAGUGCAGGCUCGGGUGCGGGAUCAACGCGUGAAGCUUUCCCAGGAUGGAAGCAGAAAGUCUGUGUUCAAUGACAUUAACAGCUUGUGGGAGUCGCGAUAUCUUCAGGACAUUGCAGAGAGAAAGUCCAUGUCAAGAGAUGGAAGCAGCAUUGCAGACGAUUGGGACGACCGCCCACAUACAGUUGACGAGAUUCAAGCCAUGUUACAGAGCAGAAAGGAAGCUGCUUUAAAACGCGAGAAAGCCCUCGCCUACGCCUUCUCUCAGCAGAUAUGGAGAUCCGGUAGGAACUCCUCAAUCGGGGACGAAGAAGAGCUUGAAGAUAGACCAAAAUGGCUAGACAGGUGGAUGGCAACGAAGCAAUGGGAGAGCAGGGGAAGAGCUUCGACUGAUCAAAGGGAACCCAUUAAGACCGUUGAAAUCGAUACAUCUCGCCCAUACUCUUAUUCAGCCCCUAAGAAACCUGGCACUCAUGGUCUUGCAUCUCCUCUCCAUAGAGCCCACCAACAGUAUGUCUCUGUUCACCAGUCCCCUGUCACUCCUUCUCCGUGCGGAACAAGACCUCUGCAAGUACGCUCGGCCAGCCCUCGCUGCCAAAGAGAAGAGAGAAGCUACCCAACGGCGCACACACCAAGCUUAGGAUCCAGCUAUUACUACAACAGCGCGAUGCGUCACCAUGGACCCAGUUCAAAUAUCGGGGCUGGGUCUGGUGCUGCGGCAAUGCCGAACUACAUGGCUGCCACAGAAUCGGCAAAAGCUCGGGUUAGAUCGCAGAGUGCACCGAGGCAGCGGCCAUCGACGCCUGAAAGAGAACGAGUGGGCUCAGCUAAGAAACGUCUCUCCUUUCCGGUUCCCGACACGUACAGUACUGGUGGUGUUGGUGGUUGUGGACGUGUGUACAACUACAGCCACAACUUAAAGAGCCCAAGCUUUAAGAGCGUUCAUGGAGGCCAUUUUGGUAUGGAGCAACAGUCAAAUUUAUCUUCUUGUUGCACGGACAGUCUCGGUGGUGAAAUAUCUCCUUCUUCGACCAGUGACCUCCGGAGGUGGUUGCGUUAAAAUGUUUAAUGCGUAGGGACUUGGCAGAGC